AUGAUGAAUUCUUCUUAUGCCGGCGGUCUUCCUAUGCAGCAGGACGAUCGAUAUGCUUUGACAAUUCUUACUCAAGCUAGCAACAAUUCUUCAUCCAUUAAUCUCAAUACAAUGUCAAACGCCACCGGCGCUGCCUUUCCGGGUAGUAAUCUAGCCAAAAACAAUAGUGUCUCGACGGCCCAAGGCACCGUUUACCAGACACGUGCAACGCCCAUUUCAACAUCGAUGUCUUCAUCCACGAUCAGUAAUCGUCCUACCAAUACACCACGAUACCGUUUCCCACCUUCAAUAUCCAACCUUGUUGGGAAUCACACAAGACCUCAUCAAGAAAUGCAGGCGCUUGUUUUCAAUUCCACUGAACAAUCCUCGCAGGGUACCUUUAUGAACCACCAAUUCCAAUCAACCUAUUCCAAUAAUCUAGGAAUUUUGAACGCGGAGAGUUAUGAUGAUGGGAGGGGUCCAAUCGGAUCCCACAAUCCUAAUAUGAUGAGUAUGAAGCGUCAGAUUGAAAAUCAAAUACCAUUUGGAAUGGUGGAGAAGCACGGAGAUACAAAACCACAAAGUGAAGAGCGUGAGCACGAACAAGGGAAGAAGCGAAGGAAGAGAGUCCGAAAUGAGUCUCCAAAUCUGGACGACGAUGAUGACGAAGCUCGAAAAAAGGCGAGAGGGAGACCAAGAGUCGACACUAAAGAUGAAACUGCUGCCGAUAGGCGAAGAACUCAGAUUCGAAUGGCCCAGAGGGCCUAUCGACAUCGCAAAGAGACAACAAUUUCUUCUUUAGAAAAGCAAGUCCAAGAACUUAAAGGUACAAAUGAAGAAAUGAAUAAUAUAUUCAUUAAUCUCUACGACUUUGCCAUCAGUAGAGGUCUUCUACAACGCGAGCCGGAGUUCGGUCAGCAACUUCAAUCAUCUAUGCAAAGAUUCCUUGCGCUCGCAAAACAGAAUGCAGGCGAUGAAAAUCAAAGGUACGAAGAUGACUCGCCAGAUAAUACUACACAUGAAUCUUUUGAUGGGGCCAAACAUUCUUUCACAAGUCAGAGCGCUCAACGCCCGCCUCCCCCUGUUCUGCUGUCAGAUGAGCCGACUACCGCCGAGACGAUAAACACGUGGGGUGGAUACACUGUUUCGAAGGAUACUAGUUCUGAAGAAGAAGUAAGGCAGAUGGAAUAUAAUCAAAACGAUACAGAAGAACCUAGACAGUAUGAAAUAAUCAGCAGGGCUACUGAAGAAAACGCGAGUUUUCCUUUCGACCUGACGAGUAUUCAACAAUACCGAGUCGAGAUACCCUCUCCUACCAGUAACGAUUUUCUCCAAGGCUUUUACCCUCAUGCUCCAGUCCCGCUUCCAACUACGCAUUCCUACUUUGAACUUUCAUUUGCACGGCGAGUGCACCGCGCAACGAUGGAAGAAGGCUACAAGUUACUCACAAUGCCAAAUCCUCCGCAUCGACUAUUUGAAAAAGUCUUUGGCUAUUGCUUGAAAUAUGAAACCAAGCAAGAAUGCGUUGCGCGGUUUAAAAGGGUUCUGAAUACUUCAUCAAAGGAAUCUCUUCAGGAAUGGCGCUAUCCAUUAGUUCACCUAGGAGGGUCGGGUACAUACUAUCCCAAUCAAGACCCUGAUACUGAUAAUGAGUUGAUGCCCAAAUUUCGUACUGGAUUCUCUAUGGGCCCCUUUCCCACAGCCUUCACACCAUUACUGGAAAACAUCAAUUCUGACAUGAAAUGUACCCUGCCUGGGUUUGAAGGCGAGUUUUUUGAUUCUAAUGACGUUGAAGGUUAUCUUAGAGGUCAUGGAUUCGAUCUCCAUCCAGGUGCCGACUAUAUCACAGGUCAAAUAGAACUCGAGGUUUCUUCCGAUGUCCACAGUCCAGGGACUUCUAGUACUGACUCUGUAUUUCCACCUACACCUCGGAGUCCAAUUGGGAAAUCCCUUGAUGAAACCAAUCUAAAUGCGUAUAAACUCGAUUAUAUCGAUGGUAAUCUAAAUAAAGAAGCUCAAGCUAGUGGUCUUUCCCAGUUUAUGACAUUUCCAUCUUGGAAUGCCAGUAUUCCCAGGGGGGCGAAUCCUUUUGAUUUAUCCGGUCCAAUAUUUGAUGGUACAGACGGUCCGAAUUCUGGAACUUCGAGUCCCAAAUUUAGUGCCAAUAGUAAACGCUAUACGGAGAAAUGUACUGUGACUAUUAAAGUAGAAACUCUGAUCAGAGAAUUGGUUGGUAUUGCUUCCUGCUUGGGACGUGCCCCUGGAUACAGACGAGCCGAUAUAGAUGCCGCGAUCAUUACUGCAGCAAGAGAAACUGGAAUUGAAUGA